GUGGGAAAUGAUGUCAUGGAGAAAACAGAAGCUGCAGCACAAACCACAUGCAAAUGUUAAAAUGCAGACAGGACAGUUAAUAAAACUCUCUGUCCUGUUUUAUUUCUUCAUCACUUCUGUGGAAUGUAUCAGGACAAGGGACAGUGUUGUUUUUGAUGAUAAUAAUGCUUAAUAAUUAAUCCAGUCUGAAGCAGCCAUAACGCCAUGACGCAGGAGCACUUCAGCUCAUUUACCUGAGGAAGGUUAAACCUUUCUUCCUUUUUUCUGUAAAUGAUGCACAUAUCAGCUCAUCAGCUCCUGUUGACCUUGAACACGUGAUCAUGUGGAUGUUAAAGGGGUUCAAGUUGAACGUUAAUCCUCCAUUCAGCAGCGAGCAGCUCAUCAGGGCAUCGCCUCAGCACUGCUGUCACCAUGGUAACCGUGUCAGUCCUGCUUCUCCUGCUCUCUGCUUUUACUCCUCCAGUCCAGAGUCAACUCACUUCACUCCAUAUCAUUCCGGAUGACAUGAUUCAGACUGAGGCUCGGAAAGCUUGCAGAGAAAAUUACACCGACCUCGUCACUGUGUACUCUGAUAAAGAAAACACUAAACUGGCUGAACUGGUGAUAAAGGCUGGUAACGUUUCUGGCUGGAUCGGACUCUAUCACAGUGAUUUCAGUGAGAAAUGGUCUAAUGGUGAUCCUGUAACAUUCAGAUAUCUGACAGAGGAUUGUGGGAUAUCAAGCUACUGUGCCAUUCUGAAGGCUGAUGGUUCAUGGGAAAGUCUUCAGUGCACAGUGACUAAACAUUUCAUGUGCUAUGAACAAGAAGCUUCCUCACAGACUCGUAAUUAUCAUCUAAUCCUUGAGAAUAAGACCUGGUAUGAAGCUCAGCGUUACUGUAGACAGAGAUACACUGACCUGGUCAGCAUCAGAGAUCAGCAGCACAAUGAAGAGGUGAUGAUUAAAGGGUUAAACAGCAUCACACCCUUCUGGAUCGGCCUGCUGUGUGAUGACUGGCAGUGGAUUGAUGGAGGAAUCUCUGCCUACAGAAACUGGGAGAGCAAUCAUCCUCUACCACAAGGCAACUGUGCAGUAGUGAGAGGAGGGAGAUGGUACUCACACCCAUGCAGUAAUCAUCACUCUGCUUUGUGCUACUACAAUUACAUCCAUGUGAGUGAAGAGGCUCUGAGCUGGGAGAAAGCACUGGAUUACUGUGAUAAAGAGAACAGAGCUGGAAUUCUGAUCAUCGAUUCUCAAGCUGAACAGGAACAGUUAGAGUCUGAGCUCAUGAGGAGACGUGUCCCUCCAGGGUCUCUGUGGGUGGGGCUUGGACCAAACCGUCUCUCUGAGCUGAAGGUGUCCUCUGGUCCGCUGACCUGCGAGGACAUACAGAGACAGAGCGAAGCUGACACACACACUGCCGACGCAGCACCAGAUUAUGUGAUGGACUCCACUGAACUUCGAGUCGUGUGUAAACUGAAGUAAAGUUGUUUCAUACAUUAAUGAAAGUUAUUGUGAAAUGUUUACUGUUUUAAUAUUUUUAAUCUUAUAUUACCAACAUAAAAACCUUGAAUAAACACUACUGUUCUUUAAUUAUCAAUAAACAUUCUGUUAUAUAAUAAGAACUAUAUAUUGAUUCUGAAAUGUAACCUGGUGUUCUGACAGCAAAAAGGUAUCUGCAUUAAUUUUACCCUCAGGCUUAUAAGUUUUUUAAAGAUUGAAGGUUUUUUAAAAAAAAUAAUUUUAUAUU